AUGGCAACUGAUGAUGCAGCUGACGCUGCAUUUAGACAAAUUGAUACAAAUCGUGAUGGACGUAUUGAUCCAAAUGAAUUUCGUAAUUGGAUUUCAAGUACUGAAGGAUUGACUGCAUCAAAUGAAUCAAUAACUCGUGAACUGCAUCGUUAUGAUGAGGCAAGUCGAUUUGGUCGAUAUCAAUAUGCAGAUAGAUAUUAUGAUGAUGUGGGAUAUACGGGUGAUACAUAUAGUUGGUGUGGAAAUAGGAGAUGGGCUGAUGAUACAGUGAUCAAUACAAAUAGUGCAGAAGAAACCAAUCGUUAUCUGGAAAAAUCAGGUACGAAUAUUUAUCAUGAUCCUAAUCCAAGAAUUAUUCGACGAGCAAGAAGUACAAGUCCAGUAACACUUGAACAACGAGUUCUUGUUCGAUAUCUUCAACCACCAGCUGUACCACCACCAGGACCACUUAUUAUUAAAGAAGUGCGUCCACCACAACCAUCACCACCUCCACCACUUGUCAUACGCGAACAUCCGCCACCUCUUCCUUCACCAUCUCCACUUAUCUUACGUGAACGACCACCAACACCACCAAAACAUAUUCCUGGUGAAACAAUUAUUCGUACUUUACCUGCUUUACCGGUUCCACCACGAUCAGUUGUCAUCGAACGGUUUCCACCUGCUCCAGAAAAACCACGUGAUAUUAUAAUUGAACGAUGGAUUCCCUAUGGGCCUCAAGCUGAACGACGUACAAUUGUUGAACCUGCUCCUCCUGCUAGAGAAUAUCAACCACCAUCUAAUACUACUAUUAUUUAUUCUGCUGUUGAAACACGUGUAGUUCGAAAAUUUAACAAUCUUGGUGUUACACAAGAAGAUCCUGAAUCUUAUAGAUCUCGUUAUGGGUCAUCACUUUUAGAUUCCAUAACACUUGUUCAACACGCUCGCAAUGCUGGUGUUGUUGAAGAUAUAACGCCUCCAGCAUGGUCAUCUUCAUCAUAUACAAUUGGACGUGAAUAUCCUACUUAUUAUGAUCGAUCAUAUGAUAGAAUCGAUGGAGAUUAUCCAGGAAUUGUUCGAACUAGGAUUGACCAAUACCACUAA